AUGGAAUGGAAUAAUAACAAAAGAAUUGAAACUCCAAUGGAAGGGGGAGGUGGUUAAGCUAUAAGAUUAUUUGUAACAAUCAGAAAGGAUUCAGAGUCGAAUGUAGAGUAUAAAAAGAUGACAGUGAUGGCACCAUUGAGCAUCAAGAUUUCGAUGUUAAAGAGACACAUUGAAAGAGAAUUUGCUGAUCUCUUUCCACAUGAACCUACCUUUGUUUGUGCCAAAUUAGAAGAUGAAUUCGGUUAUAGUUUAUCCAAUGCUUCCAUGGUUAGUGAAUUGUUAAAGAAUUCUGAUAGAUUGUCAGCAAUUCCAGAAUCAUUUACGAAAGACUUGAUUGGUAAGAUGCAUGUGACUCAUGAUUUGAACGAAUUAACAUUCAUGUUGAAAAGCAUCACUUAAACAAUCAUCGCAAAACUAGCUGAGGCUGAAUUAGGACCUCCAGAAACGUAAAUGGAUAUUAUGCAAUUGAUAAUCCCUGUGGGUUUCUCCUUAUAACAGAAGGCAAUAAAUCACAACACAGCCCUGACGUUAAAAAGAAUAUUUGAAAACGAGAGAUUGCAAUUCCUAGAUGAUCAAUCAUAUGCACUCAUCUCUCAAUUGCUAGUUAAGUUACUCCAGUUUUGGACCAACGAUUUAAUCUUUCAAGAUCAGUUUCUUCUCAAUUUAACUGUAGACCUAUUAGAAAUACUCACCAAAAGUGCUGCCUUCUCCACUUCCUAUAAAACUCCACAAAUUGUAAACAGUCUUAUGUCUGUCUCCAAAUUGGAUUUCGUCAGUGCUCAAACAAGAUCUAGAAUCAUCAAACUCAUCUCAUUUCUAUCCAGACCACAAUUCACCAACUGUUACCAACCCAGAUCCUAUGAUGGUCCUUUAUAACUUAAUUUACCACCCCAACCAAGAAGAAGAAAUGAAGAGUAUGUCCCUUCCAUACUUGAAUAACCAAAUAGAAAUUCAAAUAGAAGGCAAGGAAGUGCUGGAAUCAGAAAUUAGAAUGGCUUCGAAUAACAACAAUAAGAUUUUAAUCAAUAUCCUUAUAAAUAAAAUGACUCCAAUUAAUAUCCUUAUAGGCAAAAUGAUUCAAACCAAUAUGGAUUCAAAUAAAAUGAAUCAAACCAAUAUUAGCAAUCCAAUAUGCCCAAACUGCCUCCAACUCCUUAAUAAUUUGGAUACUAGUCCUAACCUUUGCAAUCCAAUUAUCCACCGCCUCAACAGAAUCCUGUUUAUUCCAAACCUCAAUUGAAUAUUAACAAUAGACCUCAAAGCAAUAGAAAUCCCAAUCAAUAUGGGGGAACUAUGCAAUAGUAGGUCUUCGAUGGAUUGGUCUAAGAUUAUCUGAAUUUGAUUUCUACAGAAUCUAACGAAGAAAUGUUGCAAUUUGCUAUUCAAAAUUUGAGUGAUGGAAUCGAUACAACCAUACACUAAAUUAUGGAUAAUCCAGAAGCAUUUUAAAAGAUUGUCAAUUUAUUAGAAAUAGCCAUGAGUCCCAACUAUUUGGGUAUGUAGUUAAGAGUCUUAGAAGCAUUAUCUAAAAACAUGAAUCAAGAAAGAGCCAAAGAAGGUCUUAAAUUAAAACUAAUACCUAGAAUCAUGAAAGCAUUCACCUAUUAACCUAAAGAAUUUUAAGCAAUACUCUAUGAUAUGUUAUCAGCCACUCUUAAAUUAUCAGAUUUUUAAGUUGAUGUUCUCACUGUUAUAACCAUGAUUGAAUCAGCCUAUCCGAGAAUUUAAAUGUUGGGAAUCAAAAUACUGUCAUUAAUGUCUGACCCACAGAGACUCUAAAAUACUAAUAAUGUAUCAAUCUAAUUUGAAAAUUAUAUCAAAAGCCUUAUGGAUUGGACUCUGGAUGGAUAGAAGGGAGAGGAGUUUUAAUACAAUGCCCUAUAAACAUUAUCAAAUUUGGCUAUUAAUGACUACAUUAGACCAUAAAUACUACAUCUUAAGGGAAUUGAAUUCUUCUUGAAGGUCUUGAGAGAAAGCUACAGAGUUGAUGCUCAAAGAUUGGCUGCCAAAGGAUUAUUGAAUUUAUCAAUAAAAUCAAGAGAAACUAAAUUAUCAAUUGUCUCCUUGAUGGAAGAGGAAAUCCAACGAUUACAAAGAGGAGAGAUGGAUACUGUAGUCUAAGGAUACUUGACUACCUUGUUAACUACAAGAGAGAGAGGAUAGUUGUUAUGA